AUGGCGCUCUCCAAAUCCACGCGUAUCAUCAUCUUGCUCGUCAUCGAUACCGCCUUCUUCUUCCUCGAGCUCAUCACCGGAUAUGCCGUUCACUCACUCGCCCUUGUCGCCGAUUCCUUCCAUAUGCUCAACGAUGUCCUCUCCUUGUGUGUCGGACUGUGGGCUGUCAAGAUGGCCAGCAAGGACUCGAAGGAUACCCCGAAGAUGUACACAUACGGUUAUCAGCGAGCGGAAACCUUGGGUGCAUUGGUCAAUGGUGUAUUUCUGGUGGCGCUCUGUGUGACAAUCUUCCUGGAUGCCAUUGCGCGAUUUGUGGAGCCGCAAGAGGUCAGCCAGCCCGUGUUGGUGUUGGUUGUUGGAUGCCUGGGUCUCGCUUCGAACCUCGUUGGCCUGGUCUUGUUCCACGAUCACGGUCAUUCACAUGGUGGCCACAGCCACGGAGGACACAAUCAUAGCCAUGGCAACAAAAUCUCGGACGCCGAGGAAGGUCAUGCUCACGCUAGUCACGAUCACGGUCACGCUCAUGACGAGUCUAGACACAACCACGCAGCUGGCCACACUCAUGCUCACAAGCACUCUGAGUCGAGCGUUGAAAAUUUCCCUUUCAGCCCCAAGUCAGCCCGGUCUGGCAAGCGGGUGGAGAUCGCUGAUGUCGAAGGCACCACUGUUGCAGGAUCUCCCGAAAUCUCUCCCCGCGCAACACGACGUCGCCACAGUCGCACUGGCUCUCGUAACGUUGACUUCGACGGACCCAAGAGCUUCCGAAACUCCAUCAUUCAACAAGCUAACAACCAGCUGGAUUCGCUCGAAGAUGACGAGAUCGCCGCCGGAGAAGCAGGUCACGUCGAACAUGACGAAGAGGGACAUGACCACGGCGUCUCGUCACCUCUUAUCGCCGGUCAGUCGAAUGGCUAUGGUGCCAUCACAUCAUCCGCGAAUCACCAAGCCCACCGACAUGCACAGGAAAAGCCCGCCGGCAAAGGCGGCCACUCUCAUGGCGAUCUGAACAUGCAGGGCAUUUUCCUUCACGUCAUGGGCGACGCGCUGGGCAACAUCGGUGUCAUCGUCACAGCUAUCAUCAUCUGGAAGACUGACUAUUCCUGGCGAUUCUACUUCGAUCCCGCCAUCUCCCUCGUCAUCACCGUCAUCAUUCUCUGCUCCGCCAUUCCCCUCUGCAAAGCCGCAUCGCGCAUCCUCCUCCAAGCCGUCCCACAAGGCAUCGAAGUCGACGAUAUCAAAUACGACAUCGAAGAGCUCGAUGGUGUGCAAGAAUGCCACCAUCUCCACGUCUGGCAACUCAGUGACGAAAAGCUCAUCGCCAGUCUGCACGUCAAAGUCGACUUCACCUUCAAAGGCGACGGCUCUGCUCGGUACAUGAUCCUGGCCCGCCAAAUCCGCGAGUGCCUCCAUGAAUACGGCAUUCACUCAUCAACGAUCCAGCCAGAAUUCGGAGGCCUUGAUGCUUCGACCCAAGAUCUCGGCGCGAGCAGCAGCAGCCCCACGGCGAUUGCCUCGGCGCAGCGCACAAAUAGCGAUGCAGGAAACUCCUGCUUGCUUGACUGUGGCGACGACUGCGAAGGUAACAAGAGCUGUUGCCCUCCUUCCGCGUCGCAAACUCUCCCUCCGGCCGCAUCUUCGGACGGACACGGACACUCCCAUUAA